AUGGCCGCAGCCGCGAUGCACCACCUCGUCCCGCACAGCAUGCGCAGCUCGCACAACGACGACCCACACCACCACUACUCGCAGCAGAUGGCGCAGCGCGAGCAGGAAAAGAACCACCUCGCCGCCUGGGAGGCCGAAAAGCAGACGCUCGAGCCCGAUGUCGUCGCCCAGGACCCGGCCAAGAAGCGCGUCGGCCACUCUUCGCGCCACCUGCGCUGCGAAGACUUUGAGCUCAUAAAGACUCUGGGCACCGGGACGUUUGCGAGAGUCUGGCUUGCGCGCCUGUCCAAUUCUCGGCAAGGCGACGCGGACAAGGUCUUUGCGCUGAAGAUCCUCCGCAAGGUCGACGUGAUCCGCCUCAAGCAAGUCGAGCAUGUGCGCAACGAGCGCAACGUCUUGGCCGCCGUUGCCGGCCAUCCCUUCAUCACCACCAUGGUUGCGAGCUUCCAGGACCACGAUUCUCUCUACAUGCUUCUCGAUUACUGCCCCGGCGGUGAGGUCUUCAGCUACUUGCGCCGAGCACGUCGCUUCAACGAGCCGACUUCGCAAUUUUACGCUGCCGAAAUUGUGCUAAUUCUCGAGUUCCUCCACGAAAAGGAAGGAGUUGCUUACCGAGACCUGAAGCCUGAGAACAUUCUCAUAGACGCAGAGGGCCACCUCAAGCUGGUUGACUUCGGCUUCGCAAAGAAAGUCGACAACAGGGAAACGUACACAUUAUGUGGCCAUGGCUGCGCCGUUGACUGGUGGGCUUUUGGAAUUUUGGUCUACGAAUUCCUCGUUGGCCAGCCUCCUUUCUGGGACCAAAACCCGAUGAAGAUUUAUGAGCAAAUUGUUGAGGGCAGAGUCCGCUUCCCAUCAGCCAUGUCUCCCGACGCACGAGACCUGAUCAGCAAGCUAUGCACCGUCGAUACGUCCAAACGACUUGGUAACCUCAAGGGCGGUGCUGCAGCAGUGAAAGCACACCCCUGGUUCCGGCAUAUUGACUGGGAUGCAUUGUACCACCGCAAGGUGCAGGGACCGAUUGUACCACAUCUGCGCGGGCCUGCCGAUACGCGGAACUUUGAUGAGUAUGACCCGGAGCCCGAAGGCCGUGCACCGUACACGGAAGACAUGGCCAAGAAGUACGACGAGAUGUUCAAAGAUUUCUGA